AUGGCGUCAAAGUUGAACCCGGCGUUCGCAUACACGGUGAUUUAUGUCAAAGAUGUCGCGAAAUCGGUCGAGUUUUAUGGUAAAGCAUUUGGUGCCUCCGUACGUCGAUUAGACGAAUCCCACCGUUGGGGCGAACUAGAAAGCGGACAAACAACAAUAGCAUUUACACCGGUCCACCAACACGAGACUGAUGAUCUCACCGGCGAGGUUCAGGAACAACGAUCAAAAAGCCGAAGGAACCAACUAGAGGUCUGCUUUGCUUAUGAGGACGUCGAUGCUGCUUAUAAGAGGGCAGUGGAGAAUGGCGCGGAGGGGGUUUGUAAGCCGGAGGAGAAAGAGUGGGGUCAGAAGGUCGGGUAUGUUCGCGAUAUCGAUGGCAUUGUGGUGAGGAUGGGGAGCUAUGUCAAGCCCCGUUGAAUGCAUACAUAUAUGUUGAUGGUGGUGGUGU